AUGACAAGAAACGCGCCUAGCCAUGCCGUGUGGCGAGCCCGAUGGAGCGAGGCCAUUCACCACCUGUUUUGGGUCGUAUGUGUUUCGGCAAUCUAUCUCGCAACCGAGUUGACAAUCUGGGGCCUGAGCUUUGUCCUGGCGUCUGCGCAACUCCAGUACUUUGGGUCUAUUUUGGGCAUGAUUGUCAUCUUCUCCGUCAUGGCAGCUGCUGGCCAGGUGUGUCCGAGUUGCGGCGAUUUCUACCACCGACGCGUCAAAUCAAAGGUUGGUGGCAUCCCUUUUCUGCACCCGCAACUCGGAGGUGGAGGAGGUGAAGAAAGCUCACUUCUUGCUUUGGUGCAAACACACAGGUGGACUUUAUCAACGCCCAGCUCGGAAUUGGAUUCAGCGUGCCCAUCAUCCUGCUCAAUCAUGUCCUUGGCAUCCGGGACAUUGGCUACAUCAUCGCAACAUCUGGUGAGUUUCCGGCCUCAAACAGGCGAAACGACAAUCCGUUUUCCGUCACACGUUAACAGACGUGUAGCUAUUACAAACGUAAUCUCGUGGGCUUCAGUCUUCUUGCUGUCCCUUUCGGGCCUAUUGCUCCUCACCACUUUGCAGUCAUACGCUUCGAAACACGUACGAGGCAAGGAGACCAAGGCAUCUGCCUUUGCUUCACGCUACGAGGCCAGAGGGACUAUUCGGCGGGCUGCAGCCCAAUGUUACGACCGGCCAUGGCAGUAUUUGACAUCAGACGACUCGGUUGAAAAAACAGAGGACCGGAUAUCCGGCCCCGCUGACGUCAAAGAUAGAGCCGUGGUGAAGCAACCCGUUGACGAAGCCAAAGUCCAAGAUCAGGAUAGAAACGUCUGGCAUAUCUUGAGAAGCAACGGCUAUGUCAUCUUGUGCCUUGUCGGGAUUAUAGGCAUCGGUAUUCCCCUGGAGCUCGUAGUUCACGACGGCAGAGCGCUGGACGGGUUCUCACUAUGGCUUUGCUGGCUCGUCGCCAUACGACUCCAGCGCACGCUCAAGUCGUCGAACCUCUUCGGCUCAAACGUGCGGUACCGUCACAGCCUCGCAACCAUGGUCAACCCCGUCCUGGUAACAACCCUCCUGAUGCUUGGCUUCACCCGUGUGAAGGGACUGCUCAAAGGCAGCCGAGGCAUCCCCAAGGUCCUCGGAGACUUCAGUAGCGGAACUCCCCUGUACGCCAUCUGGACAGCCGUCGCCUCGGACUCCUUGAUGCCGGACAGCCCAGCCCCGUGGUUCGGCGCGGGAGACUUCGCCCUGUCCUUGCUCGAAUGCGGCAUUGUCGCAUGGGGGUUCAAGCUGUACGAGUGCCGCAAACAGCUCUUCAGCAUCUCCGGCAUCUCCACCUUGCUGUUCUCAACCGCGGCCGCCGCAGGCAACGUCUUCCUCUCCGUGAUGCUUGCCCGCGCCCUCGGAUUGCAGCCAGAGGAAUCGCUGGCUUUUGCUGCCCGGAGCGCCACCCUCGCCCUGGCCAAACCCUCCGUCAAGGCUCUGGGGGGGAACGUGGCUCUAAACGCGACGCUCGUAGUCAGCAACGGCAUCCUAGGACAGCUAAUGUACCCCGUGCUCCUGGACAAGCUGUGCGUGCCAACGGUUCAGCCCGAGCCGCAAGGCAAAGCCGGCAAGGACAAAAUCGACGACGACGGCACGGUUACCGUCGCAGCUGGGACUGCCAUCGGCAUCAACGGCGCCGCCAUGGGGGUAUCGUAUCUCUACGAGGUGAAGAGUCGCGCGGCGCCCUACGCGGCACUGUCCAUGACCAUGUUUGGCGUCAUGACGGUCGUGUUUACAACCUUGGAACCCUUCAAAAAUACCGCUCUGAAGCUAGCUUCAUGGUGA